AUGCCGUGCAUGCAGUGCGCACCGACUCAUGGCGAGAGUUUACUGAUCCACACGAUCAUGCCACAUUGAGGAAAGGAGCUCUACCACAUACCAAAUCGUGUCGCACGUUAUUCUCCAGACUAUUUUCAUGAAACGGUGACUUUGUCUGCAAAUAUGAUUUCCCCGUGGGACCGACUGUACACGACAAGCUGCUGCCUCUGCUGUCAUGUUCGGACAGGCACCAUUAUCCUUGGGAUCUGGUACAUGCUCAUCAAUGCGGUGGUGAUGCUCAUCCUCCUCACGGCGCUCAGUGACCCCGAUCACUACCACCUCACCAGCGCUGAGAUCGCCAACGACCUUGACGUCAUGGAUGAUUCCCAUAUGUGCAUCGCCGCCGCAAUCUCCUUACUCAUGAUAAUGAUUGCUGGAAUGGCAACCUACGGGGCAUACAAGCAACAUGCAGCCUGGAUCAUCCCAUUCUUCUGCUACCAAGUCUUUGAUUUUGCACUGAACACCUUAGUAGCCAUUAGCAUUAUCGUCUAUCCCAACACCAUCCAGGAUUACCUCCAACAGCUGCCUGGCAACUUCCCCUACAAAGAGGAGAUUAUGGACAUGAAUGUGUGCCUCGUCUUCAUCGUCCUCCUCUUCAUUGGCUGCAUCUUGGCCUUCAAGGCUUACCUGAUCGCCUGUGUGUGGAACUGCUACAGAUACGUGACUGGACAGGGCACCACGGACGUCCUGGUUUAUGUCACUACCAAUGACACAACGGUGUUGCUGCCUCCCUAUGACGACUCCAUGAUGACAACUGUCCCACCCAAACACAACCCCCCUCCUUACGUGUCGGCCUGAGCAAAGGAACUCCUCUGCUGCAACCUGGACUUCACUGUAUCUUACGCUCCAUUCCAUUGUAUUCCACCCACUAGAGUUUGGGUUCAAGCCACUGAGUGAUCUUAUUCACCUUCCAAAACUUCAUCUCAGGCUGCUGUCUUCCCAGCCAUCUACAUCUAGCUUUACUUCAUACAUUUUUUUUCAGAGUUGCCUCCAACACAAAUGGCUUGAGAUCUAUUAUAAUUAUUAUCAUUACAGUUAUGAUUAUUAUUGCCAAUCACGCAAUUAAUUGCUAUCUGGCAACACAAAAAAAGUAUAAUGGCUCUGUCAUCAGCCAUCUCAUUACAUUUUUCUAUUUAUUUAUUUAUUUAUUUUUUUCAAAAAAAGAAUAAUGGCUCUGUCAACAGCCAUCUCUUUAAAGACAUCACAGCUACUUACCUCUGAACCCUCUGCAGAGCCUUUAGCCUCCCAUCUACACAUACUGUAUGUGUUCCUUCUCCAUAGAAAAGCUAUGCUGGUGUUAUUCAUGUUUAUGUGGGUGACUGUGGUAUUUAUGCAGGGUUUCACACCCUGAUGCUUGUGCUUUGUGUUGGAUGAGUGAAGUAUUGUAACCACAUUCAGCUGAAUAGGUGAGCUGAGCGUAGGUGCAUGUUUUAGUUGGUGUGUUUUUGUUUGUUGUUUGUUAGUAUUUUUUAUUCAAACUUUUGUACAAGUGUGAAGGGUGACACAAUUAGACGAGAUCCAAAGAGUCCUGUGAUCAGGAAGGAGAGGCAUUGAAUCAUUACCAUAUUCCUUCUGCUCUCUCUGUUUCUGAUUAGCAUGUCUACUGUUGUGAUAUUUAUUGGGAAGUCAUAUUUGAUUUGUUGUGUAAAUCAUGUAUGUUGCACUUUAGAAACAAUGCCUGGAAUCAUUGGGACACCUGAUGUUUGCGUUGUGUGAUAAUCCCAAAGAUUUGCACUUUUCCUGUUCUCUCAUAUGACUUAAUGUCUCUCAUACAGUACUUCCCUAUACCCCCGUAGCCACAUGAUAUUUGAUUAUUUUCUAUUGAUGAAAUUGGUGUGGUUAUUUUUAACUAAUACUUGUGUUAUCAUGGUAAAAUAUAGGUUAGCACAGACUGUACAUACAAUACAAAUUUAUGCUGGUGCUGUUUAUUUUUUUCUCCAAGAAAAUUAUAUAUUAAGAGCACCGUCCUCUUUAUUUGCUUUCAAAUGGACUUCCAGGAAUUUGGCGAAUGCAAAACCCAAUUCAGAGAUUUCCCUCAUUUGAAAUGAGCAGGUUGCAACAUUCUGUUACCACAGUAUUCGUGCAAAAAAGGAGAUACUAAGGGAACUUAUGCAUCAUUAACGGUUGCUUUUCAUCAAUUUUUUACCACAAUGUUUGAAAGGUCCCGUACUAAAUUCAACCACUUUUGGCUACAACAAUCACAACAAACCCUCACAAGAUACGGGUGGGACUGAUUACAUAACAUGCCCUGUAUCAUUAUUACAUAUUGGAAAGGAAGAAGCCUGGUCACCCUCUUAAGUGAGUCUGUGUGCUUCCCAUAUAGUUGUGACUUACUACCAGUAGUUAUGAUAUUAAUAUUGUAUUAAGUAUUCAUAAAUGGGACGACUCCCAACAGACUCUUAGUGAACACAUCCAGCUAUGGGCUUAUGAUGUCUAACCAAGUCUCUUGUCAUUGCAAAUGGUCACCAGUGCAUUUGUGUACAUGUGCAUUCAUAGAGUAUUUUUGAUAUUAUUAAUUAAAAUACAGGAUAACAUCAGUUAAUCAUGUGAUGAAUCUUUGAAAAGAAUAAUUCUGACAUAUGUAAACAAUAGCAACACAAUAAAUUAAAGUGUGAUGUGCUUUUCCAUAGUGUUACAAAGCAUUACAUUUUUCUACAAUUCACAAGAUAUGACAUAUAUGAUAUAUGUGCAUUAAUCUAACAAGUACCGACAUACACAACUUCGCUCCUAUAUCACACAUUUUUUCUAACCAUGGUGAAAGCCAGUUUGACAAAAGAAUUAAUUUGUAGCAAUAAAAUGACAAAAUAAAGAGAA